AUGUUAGGAUUUAUACGUGCAGCGAGCACGCAUCAUAGUAUGAUAAGCAUAGAUAACUUAGAAUACAUGAUAGGUAGAUUAAGAGAAAUAUAUAGUAAUAAUGAAAUCUUAGAUAUUGAUUUGAGAGAAUAUUAUAAUCUUAUAAAACCAGGUAGUUAUUUCAUAGGUAAGAGAAUUGUUAUAAUUUUUAAAAUUCCUGUAAUAUCUAAAGAUAGUUACGACUUAUUUAGGCUUGCCAUUGUUCCUAAUAAAUUCCAACAGACCUUUAUACCUAUACAUCCUUUCAUAGCAACCAAUGGGAAAUAUUUCAUGUAUUUGCAAACCGAAUGCCCGAAAGUCGGCGAAUACCUUCUCUGUGAGAAAAGCACAAAUUAUUACCAGCCUCAAGAACACGCAGAUUGUAUCCAGAGUAUUAUCAUUCAUCAAUCUUUAGAUAAAUCAUGUAUCCCCACUGAAGUCUCCAUCACAAGACAAGCUAUGGAACAACUGGAUGAUAGACACUAUACUAUUGUCUUCCCAAAGACUACGAAUGUCGAACUUCAAUGUGAACGGCAGGAAUAUGUAUCCUUAUCUGGCAGCUACUUAGCAACAAUUCCCCAUGAAUGUUCACUACGAACAGAUACCUUUAAGAUAACCAAUAGUGAAGAUGAAGUCAAGGGACAGCCGCUGAAGAUCACCGAAAUACGAAGUAAUUUCACUGAAGUUCAAGAUAACGAGAUUCCACAUAUAACUCUAAAUUCUUUGAAUCUCGAUAACUUACAUCAUCUGGAAAACAGAAUUAUGCUACAGAAUCCCAUACGUGUUGCCCACUUUGAUUCUUCACUGUACCAUACAACGUUGCCCCUCUAUGCACUUGUAUCUGGUAUAGUUAUAAUUUUCCUUGCCUAUAUUCUUCGACGAUACCUGCGAAAGAACCCUACUACACCAGAAGAUUAA